AUGUAUGCAAGCAGUCCAUCUAUUGAUAACCCAAUUCUGCAAAUUAGGACCUUCAGACCUCAGCAUACAUGUAGUUCAUUUGCAAAGAGAGUGUAUCAUUGUCAUGCCUUAUUUUUGGCUGAAGAGUACAAGGAAAUUUUCCUUUCUGACUCAAAAUGGUAUAGGGAGGGAGUUCAGAGUGCUGUGAAUAGAGACUUUGGGAUGGAAAUAGGAUAUCAACUUGCAUAUAGAGCUAAAGCAAGGGCAGCCAAGCUAGCACAGGGCACCGUUGAGGAUCAGUACAACAAUCUAGAGUCUUAUGCUCAUGAGCUUAAUAGAAGAAACCCAGGGACUAGUGUAUGGAUUCAAACUGAGCUUAAAGGGGAAGUGGCUAGAUUCAAGAGAAUCUAUAUAUGCUUAGCUGGGUUAACAGAAGGAUGGAUGGCAGGAUGUAGACCCAUUAUUGGAUUAGAUGAGUGUCAUUUGAAGGCUGUUCAUAAGGGACAAUUAUUGUUAGCUGUAGGCAUAGAUGGCAACAAUGACAUCUACCCCAUUGGUUGGGCCAUUGUGGAGCAAGAGAGUAGGGAUUUAUGGACAUGGUUUCUCUCUUUCCUGAAAGAAGACUUAAUGAUCCACCAUUCCAGCCAAUAUGCCUUUAUCAGUGACAAGCAAAGGGGGUUAGAGCAGGCCAUUAAGGACCUUUUCCCUGAUGCAGAGCACAUACAUUGUGUCAGGCAUCUGCACAAUAAUAUUAAAGGUGAUUGUCAUACAGGCUUGAACUUGAAGCAAAGGCUUUGGGCAGUGGCUAGAGCAAUAGCUAUGACCCAGUACACAAAGGCAAUGGAAGAUAUGGAGAAGACAUCAUUCACUACUUGUUGGACACAGUCAUGCACAUGUGGAAGGUGGGAUCUUUGUGAAUCCUUUGUGGCCAUGCUAUUUCUGCAAUCUACUCCAAAGGAUGAAUGGGAACACAAAGAGAAAAAGAUUGCACCUCCACUGUAUAAGAGGCAACCAGGGAGGUCUAGGACAAAGAGAACAAAGGAACCAGGUGAUGAAGCACCUCUACCUCUUGAAAUUGAAAAGCUGCCAAGGAGCUAUUAUUCUCAAGUCAUAUGUGGGACAUGUAACAAGAAAUGUCACAAUAAAAGAACUUGUCACAAAAGAAACCAGGUUCCCAAUAAAGGUGAAGUUGUUCAAGAAGAAGAACCAAAUGCUCAACAACCUGUGCUAGAGACCAACAUGCAUCAAGGACAGAGUCCAACUGAAGCACCACAGCCCACCCAAGAAUCAAACCCUCAACUUGCAGACCAAGUCUUCUCUCAAGCAUCAUCUCUACCAAACCCUCAAGUUGUAGACCAAGUCUUCUCUCAGGCAUCAUCUGUCCCAAACAUACACAAUCACAGCAACCAUGGGAAUGACAAUGUGAAUGUGAAUGUGAAUGUCAACCUCAAUGUUCAUAUCUCUAUGAAUGAAGAAUCUGUAGCUGACAAUGACAGUUCUAUGCCAUCUGAACAUACCAAUGUGUUGCAAGAAAAUUCUUAG